CCCUGAAGAUAUUUUUAAAAUAUUUAAUUGGAAUGGCGGGAUUUGCGAGAGUGGAAGUAAACAAUAGCGUUUGGGUAUUCCCAGACGUAUACGAGGUGGUUAGACCCCUUGGAAUGGGGUCCUUUGGCCAGGUGGCCAGGGUGAGACUACGUGGCGCCCGCAUUGAGGAUGUAGCGAUGAAAAAGCUGGUGCGGCCAUUCGAGAGAGAGGAGGAUGCCAAGGGCGCCUAUCGUGAGCUUCGUCUGCUAAAGCACAUGAACCACAGGAAUGUUAUCAGCCUGCUGCACGUCUUCCAUCCGCCCCCACAGAAUGGCGAUUUUCAGAAUGUUUAUUUUGUGACUCAACUGAUGGACGAUGACCUUCACAGAUUUGCACGCUCAAGCAGGAUCACCGAUACCACAUUGAUCUAUCCUUACCAAAUACUGCGAGGUCUGAAGUACAUCCACAGCGCCGGUGUCAUUCAUCGCGAUUUGAAGCCCUGUAAUAUCGCGGUAAAUCAAAAUAUUGAAGUGCGAAUUCUCGACUUCGGCUUGGCCCGUUUGUCCAGCAACAUUAUGUCGGACUUUGUGGGUACCCUGUGGUACCGGGCCCCCGAACUGCUCUUCCUCCGGGAUAACUACACAAAUCGCAUCGAUAUGUGGUCUGUCGGUUGCAUCCUGGCCGAACUCAUCUCGGGUCAUGCCUUAUUUCCUGGUGGCUAUUUUAAUCAACUUGUGCGCCUGCUUGAGAUAAUGGGCUCGCCGUCGGAGGAGUUCACCAGGGGUAUAAGAAAUGAUUCUCUUAAUUACGUGGAAAGGUAUCCCUAUCGUGAAAAACAGGACUUCUAUCAAAUGUUUCCAAAUGCCAAUCCAGUAGCUGUGGAUUUGAUGGAGAAAAUGCUCGAAAUGGUUCCAGAAAACCGUAUUACAGCUGAUGAGGCAAUGCACCAUCCGUUCCUUAAGGACUUCAUUGAGCCACACCAUCAUGACGAGGACAUUGCACCAGCCUAUGAUCAAAACUUUGAAAACAUGGUACUCUCUGUAAAUUGCUGGAAGGAACUCCUUUCCAUGAAAUUGACUUAUUUCAACCGCCCCCAUUCUAUGCCGAGGCUUUGCGAAGUCUUAUGAGCAGCAGCAGCAUUAAGCUUAUCUCAUAUUAUACAC